GGUAAGAGCGUAAAAACACUCCUUCGCCACUCAUCUGCCGAAUACAAGAGAUCGCAUUUGACCGCAUAUAUACACACAUGUUAUUGUAGAUAAGCUGCAAAGCUAGAUGAUUAUGUGAAAACUAGUGAAAAAAAAUAUAAACAAAUACAAAUAAAAACACAGAGCGUCAAAGAACAAAGGCAGUCGCUCAAUAGCCAAGAGCCAGUCGACUAGCUUGCUAUAAUAAACUAUUUAUUUGGAAGACUCACACGGUCAAUUAUUAUACAAGGAAAGAACUACGCAAAAUAUUUUAUAAACAUAAAAUUAGUGAAUUAAAAUGAGUGGCAAAAAGCGCGUAUGUAUCAUCGGAGCCGGUAUGGCUGGUUUGACAGCCCUAAAGAACUCGCUGGAACAUGAUUUGGACGCCGUGGCAUACGAGAGACACACAGCGGUUGGCGGCACUUGGAUCUAUAUGGAACGGAAGGUGGGUGAGAGCGAGGAGGAUGUGCACAGUAGCAUGUAUCAGGAUUUGUAUACCAAUCUGCCAAAAGAGGUGAUGGGCUUUCCAGAUUAUGAUUUUGACACGAACAUACCAGAUUCAUUUAUCAGCUCCGAGUUGGUGUUGGAUUAUUUAAGAGAUUAUGCCAAACACUUUAAUUUAAUGUCAUUUAUCAAGUUGGAACAUGAGAUAGUGAGGGUGCGCCCACGUUACGAGGGUUGGGAGAUAAUCAUACGUGAUCUCCGUUGCGAUAAGUAUUCCGUUGAGUAUUUUGAUUUUGUUCUGGUUUGUAAUGGACACUACACUACACCCAUGUAUCCGGAGACUGAGGGUCUUGAAAACUAUCAGGGCGAGCGCUUGCACAGUCAUCUCUAUCGGAAACCCGAUAUCUUUGCAGGUCACAAUGUACUGGUAGUCGGUGGCGGUCCGAGUGGUACGGAUAUUGUAAAUCAUAUACACCGUCAUGCUGAACAAAUCUACUUCAGUCAUCACCUGGAGACCGCACCACGCACAGAUUUCAUGACGAAUGUCAUACAGAAACCAGAUAUAAAGCAUUUCACGCCAGAUGGCGCUAUAUUUAAAGACGGUAGCAGCGCAACUUUUUCCUACGUCAUUUUCUGUACUGGCUACAAAUAUACCUUCCCCUUCCUGAGUGUCGAUUGUGGCAUAAAUAUUGAUGUCAAUUGGGUGCACCCGCUCUAUAAACACUGUUUGAAUAUUAAUAGACCCACGCUGGCGAUCAUUGGUUUGCCACACCAGAUUUGUCCUGCACAACUUUUUGAUUUGCAAGUUCGCUUUGCGUUGGCUUUCUUCACGGGACGUAAGGAAUUGCCGAGCCGAGGUGAAAUGUUAGCCGAAAUGGAAGCAGAUAUGGCGGCGCGUUGGGCGAAUGGCGUAACAAAACGGGUGGCGCACAAAAUGGGUACUAAGCAGUACGACUACUACGAGGACUUGGCAACCACAGCCGGGGUCACUAAACUGAAACCUGUCAUUACUAAAUUGAUGAAAAAUUGCUCCAGAAGAUAUCUUUUCGAAUUGGAUACGUAUCGCCAAAAACGCUACAGAGUUGUUGAUGACGAGAACUUUAUUGGAGUUGAUUAACUUUUUUAUGAAAAAACCUUUUGUAUACUAGAUAAUCAUAAAAAUAUAAAAAAUAUUUGCCCGGGCCAAAAUGCCACCUCCUUACAGCCGA